AUGAUCAGAUUCUUGGACAAGGCAGCAAUUGUCACGCCACACGACGAGCUCAACCAGGAUGGGUCGCCAAAGGAGCCAUGGAGCCUCUGCAGCAUCCAGCAAGUGGAGGAAGUGAAGAUCUUGCUGAGGUUGCUCCCCGUAUGGGCAACCUUCGUACCCUUCCAACUCGCCAUAUCCCAGCUCCGAAGCUACAUCGCCGUCCAAGCUCUGCAGUCCGACACCAGACUGUUCGGGUCGAACUUCGAAAUCCCUGCGCCGUUCCACGAUGUCUUCUUCAAGCUCGCUGCCGCAAUUUGGAUCCCCAUCUACGCCAAACUACUCGUCCCGGCAGCACAGAGGAUCACCCGAAAGGAAGGCGGGAUCACGGUGCUUCAGAGGGUUGGGACCGGGCUGUUCCUAGGGGUCGUCUCCUUGGUCGUGGCUGGCUUGAUUGAAGAGAAGAGGAAGAGGAGGAUGGACUCGUCCAUGGGGAGCGUGUGGCUGAUUCCUCAAAUCGCGGUGGCCGGAGUUGCGGAUAAGAUGUCACUCGUUGGAUUGGUGAUCUUCAGCCAGCAGGAGUUUCCGGAGAGGAUGAAAGUUGUUGCUUGGUGGGCGCCGCUCUUCCUUGCUCGAGGGCUUGGAUAUUCCUUGGCUGGAGUGUUGGUGUCAGCGGUUCACAAAGGAGGAAACUGGCUUCCUAAUGAUCUGAAUCAAGGCAAGCUGGACUAUUACUUCUUCUUAAUCGCUGGGCUGCUGCUUAUGAAUUUUGUGUGUUUCCUCUACUAUGCUGGCAAAUACAAGUACCGAUGCCAAGUUUAA